GUUAUGGUGCACGGUAGGGUCGCUAAGUGGCACCACUGUAGUAGCGCAGUACGUUGGUCUGAUGCGUCUGUCGAAAGUCGGCGUGUGCGUUCCUUGUUUUACGUUUCUACGUGCUCGCCGUGUGUUUCAGUGUGGUAGUGUUGAUGUGUGACCAUCGAGCCCGUGCCGCAGUUUGUGGCUGCCAACGGACAUGACCACCGAGUGUGGACAACGCCGGUGUUGUGUGCUGUGCAUGUGAGUCGUGGAACGGUGCUCCGGCGGACGGCAGCAAUCAUGGGCGAGCGUCGCGGCCUGAAGGCGCUCGAGCUGUGGUGCCGGCGGGUGACCGAGGGCUACCGCGACGUCCACGUGGUGGACAUGAGCUCGUCGUGGCGCGACGGGCUCGCCUUCUGCGCGCUCAUCCACCACUUCCGGCCCGACCUGAUCGAGUUCGACUCGCUGCGCAAGGGCGACGUGCUGGCCAACAACCGGCUCGCCUUCAGCGUCGCCGAGUCCCAGCUGGGCAUCCCGGCAUUACUGGACGCCGAGGACAUGCUGGCCCACCGCGAACCUGACCGGCUAAGCGUGGCCACCUACGUGUCCCAGUUCUACCAGUACUUCGAAGGCAGCAUCGGCUCCCGACGAAGAGCGGCGACGGCCGCGUCCGCGCUCAAGAGGCCCGCGUCCUCGUCUCCACCGCCGCCGCUGAGCAUCGGGCCCCCGACCAAGGUAGUCGCCGGCGACUCGUGCCACACGUGCCGCAACCGGGUGUUCCUGCUGGAGCGACUCAUGGUGGACGGCCGGCUGUACCACAGGUCGUGCUUCCGCUGCAGUCGCUGCGACGCGGUGCUCAGCCCGGGCGCCUACAACGAGUGCGACAACGCGCCCGGCACCUACGAGUGCACCGUCUGCCCAAAGGACGAAGGGCCCGAAUUCACGCUCGCACAGAGCGACGAGCCACCACCAAAGUCCCCUUCGAAAGGUUCGCCGGCGACGGCGGUGACCAAGCCGGAGAUACCGGAAAAGAAGCUCGAGCUCACGGAGAGUGUUCGCGUGGCUCGCAAGCUCUUCCAGAGCGCCAUGGUCGCCGCCGACACAUCGACGGACUCGACGACGGCGGCCGACUCGUUCGACAGAAACGGCGAGGGCUCCGAGAGCCCCGUGGCCAAGUGGAAGUCGAUGCAGAAGCCGGAGCUGCCGGAGUUUCUGAGGCGCCGUGACGAGCCACCGAAAACGUCGACGGUACGCGAGAACAUCAAGCGGUUCUCGCAGGCCAACGAGAAUAAACCCGCCGCUUGGGUUAGUCCUCGGAGCGGUCCUCGGAGCGUUCAGGCCGAGGAGCGGUCCACUCCGGACCGGCGCCUCGCGGAUUCCACGCCGCCCGACAGUUUGUCAGCGCGCCUACCUCGAGGCCAGAGCGCUUCGCCGCGCAAAACUACCACAUUGGACUUGCCGGUCAUCAAGCCCGACGUCCCCGUGGGUGUCGAUGCGAUUCCGAGACCAGCCCCGCGAACUAGAACGUUAAAACUGGAGCACGGUGUAGUAAACUUGCCUUCAGCCUCCGUGAGUUCGAGUUGUGGAUCAGACGAUCAGCCCGACGCGUUGUCGGAAACUCCACCGCCUUUGCCAUCAGAACCACCGCCAUCUUUGACUUGCGACGAUGAGUCCCCGGAAGAAACGUUGCACGAAUCGAAAUUAGCUCAGGAUGCUCCGAGUUUAGAAAUAAAGCUCACGCCCUGCGACGAAGAUCUCGCUCCAAGCGGCGAAGACAGUCUCGACCAAAAGUCCGAGGAAAACAACGUGUCCGAGCAAACGGAGACCCCCAGCGGAGACGGCAAACUAGUGAUGGUGGUAAGCGAAAGCCCAGUAGCACCGCAGCUGCCUUCCUUGGAGCUCCCGGUCUCGGCGUAUCCCACAGACCUCAAUCCGUUCGGUGAGGACGAGGAGGAGGUGGAGGAGGAGUACCCAGAGUCCCUAAACCCGUUCGGGGACGAAGACGACGACAGUGCGCGGAAGGCGAGCCUGAGCCUGUAUGACGAUUCCUUGAACCCGUUCUCCGAAGGGGACGACGCGUCCCUCUCGAGCAUGGCGUCGCCUCGGAGGCCUUCCCCGAGGGCGAGGAAGAAGCAGGCCGCCCCGCCUCCCCCAGUUAAGAAGAGCGACGCGGGCAACGCCAAGGACAGUGGCAAGGAUAGCGCCAAGGACAAGCAAGAAAAGGACCAAGUGAACAAGUCGAUACAGGACGCGCCCUCCAAGAGCACGUUCGCGUACUGGAAGCGAAAGAAGCGGCCGGCGCCGUCUGUGCCUGUUCCAGUUCGCAGAGAGAUCAAGCGGAUCCCACUGAAGGAGAUUCAAGCAGAAAUGGAGGAGAUUGCAGUCAAGCAGGAGGAACUGGAGAGGCAAGGUCGUGAGAUUGAGAUGCAAAUUCGAGACCGCAACGGCAAGUACCUGAGAGAUGGACAUGUUGCCACCACUGCUGCUGCUUCAGAUGUCGAGCCAACAGUUGAAGAGGAGGAAAUGAUUAUGCAUCUUUUUGAGCUCGUCAAUGAAAAGAACAACCUGUUCAGGCGGCAGGCAGAACUCAUGUACAUAAAACGUUCGCAGAGACUUGAAGAAGAACAAGUUGAGCUUGAGUACCAGAUACGCUGCAUAAUGACAAAGCCCUUGAAUCAAAAGUGUGAAGAUGAUGCCAAACGGGAGGAGGAACUGCUCCAACGGCUGCUUGAGGUUGUCGAGGCACGCAAUGAGAUAGUCGACAGCCAGGAAAUGGAUCGGCGGAGAGUGAUGCAGGAGGACUGGAGCAUACAGGAGCAGAUGGCACAGAAGCAGAGUGAGAUCAAAGAAAAGAUGGUCACACCCGAGCCCACACCUGAAAAGAAGCACAAGAAAAAGGAAAAGCACAAGAAGUCCAAGUCGGAUAAGAAGCGCGAUGAGGUGGGGGACGAGGAGAAGCGCAAGUCACUGAAAAAGAUCUUUAAGGAGAAGCUUGUGCUGUCCAAGUGACACGGCACUCCACCUGUGGUGCUGGCCGAGCAUGUGUCAACAGCAAGCUUGGAACUUGUGGCAAGGACAGUGCAUGUUUGCUGGGAUGUGUUGUUCUCAGUAAGUUGUACAUAUCGUCAUAACAGUGGUGAAUUGUUGGCAGCUGUAAAGCUUGAUUUAUCUUUGUUUUUGCAUUGAGCAAGUGUUUGUUGCAGGUGCAUAUGGUGGUCUUGGAAAGAAUGUCUCUCAUGCAGCUCACAGAGUAACAAUGUGAAUUCUCUCUCUCUCUUCCUCUUUACUAAAUAAGGUAGGCACAGCAUGCAAGUUUUCCGACAUUGUUGGUAGAUUGUUGCCUGUAUAAAUGUCAGCGUUAGAGACUGGCCCACGUAUGUUCCUCAAGGCAACUUGUGAGAGAUUUACAUAAACACCUUGGUCAGCGUUGCAACCCUUUUAGUAGCUAUACAAAGGCCACGAUUGCAAACCUUCCUUACUCGACUUUCUAAACGACUCCUGCAAUCUGUGGUUAUACUGCACUUUUGAUAACGCUUGAUGUUGGUGUGGAGUCAGCAGUUCUAUGUGUGGUUUCAUUUCAUUUUUUAAUGUAUUUGCCAGAUUCAGCCAGUGAUCAUGACUGCAGUGAAGGAUAUUGUGAUAACUAUGGAGUACAGCCAAUAAAACCACUGAUUUGAUAAGGUAAAAAAAAAACGGUUUUAUUAAAUUUUAACUUUAUUGAUGACUGUGAUCUAAGCAAGUAAUUUUGCACUGGAGUUUCUGUUUAACAGGCUCCUUGUAAACCAUGUUCACACCAGGACCUUGCGACAAGUAAAAACGCAUGUGGAGACAGUCUGUCUCUGCUAUCCAACAGUGACCACUAAAUGCAGCUCGUGAGGCAGCUUCUACAUGUGCCUGUGCUCACAUGAAAAAUUAUGACUGGUGUGCUUGAUCGAUAAAUUAUCAAGUGAGUUUUUUAGGUCCUUCAUUGAUCAGUUCUUACUGACAAGUUUUAGCCACCAUAAGUGUUCUAAAAUUGGCUAUGGAACUUCAUUUUUUUUUUCUCUUACUGUUAAUAAAUACUGCUGGGCUGCUGCAUACAGGCAUCAAGUCUCCUUGCAGCAUGUCACCUAUUGCCACCACUGCUAAUAAAAAGAAACAUGGCAAGAUGGGGGGUCAACGUCUUUAGAAGAUGGCAUCUGUGCCAUCUAGAUGUGCUCAUCUGUUGGUUCCCAUUUUUUCAUCCCAAGUGAAAGAAGAAAGUAUAUAAAUCGAUGGUGAUAAAAAGAUUGCCGUGAGCCGCAGUGCUUUGUUAUCCUUUGGACACAGUAGCCACCUUUCUCGGUUUCGCGAUGUCGAGUCUGCCAGGAAAAACUUGGUUUUGAAGCAUAUGUGGCAUUUAUAGAGCUUGUUGUGCUCCAUGAAAAUAUUUCGUCUUAGCCAAUAUUUUGAAAUAUGCAAGUUCGAAUUGAUGGGUGUUAGUUGUAAUUAUGUAGAAUGUCAUUUUCACCAAAGGUGAAAGUAAACAGCAUCUAUGUCUUGACAGUUGCUUCUAGUGCCAAGAACAAAAGCAGAUGGCAGCUCUACACAUCAGCCCUAGGAAGCCUCAUCUUUCUACAUUUACCUUUUGCUACAACAAGCAAACUUCUGAUGUAUGUGCACAGAUCUCUCUUUGUCAGCAAGUAUACUUGAUUUCAUACAUAGCAGGCAACACUGCAAAGGCUAGAGAUUUUUCUCCCUGCUUGCAUUCACAACCAAAUAAUAGUGCAUCACAUAUGACAGAAAUAUAUACGUAUAUGUUACGUAAUUCAACGUAACUAAUUCUGUGUGAAUAUGCCAUUUAUUUAUAUAUGGAAGGAGUUGCAGAUCAUGUUUCUGUGGAGAAUGGCCACAGCACACUGCUUGUGCUCACGACAAAUACACAGUAUGUAUGUCACAUACCAGAAGCACAAAGGAGCACCAAUAAUAGUACAUCAUUUGACGUACUGUCAUGUCCACAAGCUUUAGUUAAAUGUAUGAAGCAAUAGUUAAGUAGAAAGCUUUGCAGAUCAAAGGCAACUGCACUGUGAAACAUGUGUAGCUAUAAUGCUGUGACUGCACUACCUGCAUAGCUUCUGCAGUGUUGCCUGGUAAGUAUGAAGUGAAGUAUGCACCUUCACAGUCGAACAGACAGCUUGACGACUGAUGCUCAAACAGAGGUCAGAACUCUCCUCUGGACUCCUCCAGUAAGCAUCACGGUUCAUUGUUACUGCCGAGAGCUGCGUAGGCCCUCUCAAGAUGCAUUUAUGAAAUUGGAUGUCUACGUAAAUGUUCCACCUUGCAUAAAGAACUGCUAAGCUCUUGUACUGAUGCUUCCUACAGGAGGAAUUUGAAUCCUGCAGAUAGCCAUGCAAAAUACUCUAAAUGUGUGCAAGAUUUGUCAAGCAGAGUGUUGCAGCCCCCUUUUUUUUGUAGCUGAAUGUGUUGCAUUGCAAAAACAUGUUCACAAUCUUAGCACUGUGCUCUUUCGUCAGUGUUAAGUUUACUCUCCAACUUCUCCAUUCUCUGAAGAAAUUGCUGGGGAAGGCAGCUACUUUUCCUGAAUGUUUUUUUGUGGCAAAGUUCCACAGCACUCAACACUUCUAACUCAAUGAUAAAUGAUCACUACUGACACUUUUUUGUCAACCAUUUCUAUUUGUGACUGAUGUUCAUGCCAGCACCUAUUUCAGCAGCCUUGCUAAACACUAUGGCUUGAGCUUGCACACAUACAUUUUGCUGCAAGGUUUUAAUUUUUUUUUCUGCACACCAUGAAGUUUUGUAGUGUCAUCCACCAACUUCUUAGGCUUGCAGCUUUAUCACAGCAUUGCUUCCUUAUCUCCUAACUGUAAUUACACGUAAUUUAUUAGUACCUUUCAGUUCAGCACCGUGUCUUGCCACACAAUAUCUGUAAAGUGCUGUGCCAAUCCUAUAUUUGGAAUGAACGCUAAUUUCUGCAGUUUGUCCACUUAAAGUUGAUGAUAUGAUGUGCCUUUGUUCUCAUGUUUGAAAACCUUUGCCUAGACUUUAAUUGUUUAAGCCCAUAUUCCUGCAGCACAGCCUCUUGUGGAACAAAUGCAGCUGUCGUAACCUUUUGAGAAACUUUUGGCAUGAGUGAGAAGGAUAAGGGGAUCUGAGUGGAUAAAUUUUUGUCUGUUGAGGUGAUUGAAAGAGACCAUGAGGCCUCAGAAAGCAUAGGGAAAAUUAUGCUUCAUUGAAAUGUAAAAAUAAAAAGAGGAAAUAAAAGUAGACAGAAAAACAGGAUAUGGGAGCCAAUCCCAUAUCUUGUGCUUGACGAGUGCAGUGUUUUUACCACUCGUGGCAGUCACCCUGCCAUUCUCUCCUUUGUUUUUUUUUUCUUUUUGGGAGUGGGGGGGGUGAGGGGGUAUUUGUGUAUGUGAAGAGACUGGCCCAGGGGGUGUUAGCCAGCACUGCUCACAACCAUGGCUGCAGGUGUUCCACACUGAGAUAUGGUCCCUUGAGUAUUCUAGAGAACCAUAUCCGGGAUACUAUACUGGUGAUUGUCAAAUUUUGUCAUAUUGUUGAAUCCACCAUCUUGUCAGCUCUGGUUGACCCAGAGGGCUGUUACACAUCUCCCAUUGGCUCGAAAAUGCCACCAUUACAGAAUUUGAUGAUAUGGUGGAAUUCGACAAUGUCCAGAAUGGUAUCCCUGCCGCUGGGACUUGCAUCGCCAAGGCAUAGUAAGGACUCCUGUGGACAAACUAUGGCUCUCGACAAUCGGGAGAUCGGUGGAUUCAUUUGGCCCCUGGCUCCCAGGCUCUAGGUAGAGCACAAUGUUCAUUUGUGGGUAAACCACUGCACCUCCAUGAUUUCCAAGCAGUGAGUGCCUAAUCUGCGACGUGCACUCGAGUGUGUGAAAUGUUUCCAGCAUUGUUCAAGCCAGAUCAAAUGAGCUUCUGCAGUGGUGUAUUUUGUGUGCAACAAUGGAGGCAACUACUGGUGAAUGAGUGACACUGCAGUAAGGCCAGAGCUAAUGACCAACAAUUGAAGCUGGCAACAGCUGGCAUAUUACUUUCUUCACUUGUUUGGAAAAUUAAUAUAUGCAUAGUUAUUUGAAAGCAGCCAAACUUCUUUUUUUUUCAUUUCAUUCAUGAGCCAUGGCACUGACUCUAAAUUGAUCAUAAAUUUUGCUAUUUUUCUCUUUGUGUGUGCAGUCAAUUCCUGGAAAAGCUUUGUUUUUUUUUUAAAUUAGAUUAUGAAUGCAACACAGCCAUCUGUCAAUAAACUUUUAGCUUUUGCCAAAUGCCACUGUGGCAUCUUUUACGUUUGUUUCUGGCAUACUAGGGGAAAUAUUGUCAUACAGGGAAGUGCACCGCAUGCAACACCAUGUUGGAAGCUUCAACUAUGUCACACCGGGCUUGGUACUUUCAUGAAACAAGUUAAAGGGAUACACAUGUUAACUAAUAUACAAUGAAAUCAUUUUUUCAUGCGCCUUUCAUAUAUUUUUCUUGCACCUUGUUAAACAUAAUUUCUUUUGAACUGUGGCCAGGCUUUUACCAAUAUGUGUCCAUUAUCAUUGGAGCUUUGCCAAAUAUGUACGGUAUGCUGUGCAAAUAUUGUCUAGCUUCUCUCUUUUUUUUUAAAGAAGGUUAAAUAAGACAGGCAGUUUUGUUCAAUUUGGUUUCAAGUGCUUGAUAUGUCCACUGUCUGUGCUUCUUACAAUACAAUAAAGAACAUUUUGUCGCCAUAUGGUGACUGCUCAAA